UGUCCCCGGGAGGUGACUGCAUUACAUUCUCAAAUUGAGACUUCAUGGGUCAAAAAUAAUGGAACCCGGCCAGUGAAUAUAUAUAAACAAGUACAAAAGGAGAAAAAGGAGCUUAAUAUUUUAGAGACCAAGAAGAUAACAUCUCAACUUCGAUUUUUAAAGCAAUAAUACUAUGAAUUGGACAGUUAUGAGCAGGAACAUGAGAACUACAAGGAGCCCAGCAUAGCACUGUUACGGAUGAUCAAGGCUGAAGAAGGGAUGCUUGGAAAUCAAGGGGCACUUCAAAAGACUAAGAAAAGCUGCAUAACGAGUGGAGAGAAGAAAUCUCCUUCUGGUCACAAGGAAGUCCUUGAACUCCCAACCCAGCAAGUGCAGCAACAAGAAGGAAGUGGAGACUAUUUUGGAUGUGGCAAAACAGACAGAGAGAAACCUGAUUUCAGUAAACUCUGUACAAUUCAGACUAGAGAGGAAGAAUAUGAAUAUCAAGAGGAUGGGGAAAGUAUCAGUCCUGUCUCCUCUUUUGUUUUACAUCACCAGUUGUAUAUCAGAGAGACACCAUACACAUUUAUAAAUUGUGGGGAAAAUUUCAGUUUGAGAAGUCAUCUUAUUUCCCAUAAAGAAGAGAAACCAUAUGAGUGUGGAAAGGGAUUUAGUAAGAAAAAAUUGCUUAUUUUAUCCCAAAAAAAUCCUCCAAGGGAGAAACCCUAUAAAUGUCUGCACUGUGAAAAGACCUUCACUCAGAAAGGUAAACUUACCUUACAUGAAAGGAUCCAUACAGGGGAGAAAAUCUAUAAAUGUCUGGAGUGUGGAAAGACUUUCACUGAGAGACGUAAACUAAUCAUACAUGAAAGGAUCCAUACAGGGGAGAAACCAUAUGCAUGCCUGCUGUGUGGAAGAAGAUUUAAUCAGAGUGGUCAACUUACAAGACAUCAACGAACCCACACAGGGGAGAAACCAUAUACAUGCUUGCAGUGUGGAAAGAAGUUCAGUGGACGUUCAAACCUUAUGAUACAUGUAAGAAGACACACAGAAGAGAAACCAUAUAUAUGUACAGAGUGCGGAAAGAGCUUCCGUGACAACAGUGUCCUUGUUUGCCAUAAAAGGAUCCACACAGGAGAAAAACCAUACAAAUGCCUGGAGUGCGGAAAGAACUUCAGUCAAAACAGUAGCCUUUUGCGACAUAAAAGAAUUCACACAGGAGAGAAACCGUAUCAAUGCCUGGAGUGUGGAAAAAACUUCCGUCAGAAAAGUAGCCUUUUGCAACAUAAAAGAAUGCACACAGGGGAGAAACCAUAUACAUGCCCGGAAUGUGGAAAGAGCUUCAAUCAGAGCAGUCAUUUUAUUUGCCAUAAAAGAAUCCAUACAGGAGAGAAGCCAUAUAAAUGCACAGAGUGUGGAAAGAGCUUCAGUCACAAUGGUAGCCUUUUGCAGCAUAAAAGAAUUCACACAGGAGAGAAUCCAUACAAAUGCACAGAGUGUGGAAAAAGCUUCAGUAAGAACUAUAAACUUUUGCAACAUAAAAGAAUUCACACAGGGGAGAAACCAUAUAAGUGCAAGGAAUGUGGAAAGAGUUUCAAUUGCAGCAGUUAUUUUAUUUGCCAUAAAAGGAUUCAUACAGGGGAGAAACCAUAUAAAUGCCUGGUCUGUGGAAAGGGUUUUAAUAAAAGCAGUCAUCUUACAUCUCAUAAAAGAAAGCACACGGGAGAGAAGCCAUAUAAAUGCACAGAGUGUGGAAAGAGGUUUUCUUACAACUUUGUCCUGAGAUACCAUCAACGAACCCAUACUGGGGAGAAACCAUAUACAUGCCUGAUGUGUGGAAAAAAGUUCAGUGGACAUUCAAACCUUAGAAUCCAUGUAAGAAUCCACACGGGGGAGAAACCGCAUAAAUGUAUGGAGUGUGGGAAGAGCUUCCGUAAGGACAGUAACUUUAUUUGCCAUAAAAGGAUCCACACAGGAGAAAAACCAUACAAAUGCACCGAGUGUGGAAAGAGCUUCACUCAGAAUGCUAAUCUUAUCAAACAUAGAAGAAUUCACACGGGAGAGAGACCAUACAAAUGCACAGAGUGUGGGAAAAGCUUCAGCCAGAAAAAUCACCUUUCGCAACAUGAAAGAAUCCAUAGAAGAGAGAAACCAUAACUUGAGAGCUUUCAUCACAAGUGUUUUCUUCUCAAAAAGGGACCCACAUGAGAAAAACAA